GCCUUUUUUCUUACGGCAGGAAACCUUUUCUGUUUGGGGUCGACAACCUUUCUGGUGGGCAUCCAACAGCAGAUUCGGUCUAUUUUUGAUGCCAAGCGUAUGGAGGCAGCAGUUAUGUACGCUGUUUCCGUCAUCUUGACACUUGUUUCUGUGCUCCACUGGAAGUCAAGUGUUUUAGCUAUUGCCUUUGCCGUUGCUCAGGUGUGCUGUUUGUUGUGGUAUGCGCUGAGUUAUGUUCCCUUUGCGCGUCGCACCAUUGGAAUUGUUUGGUCGUAUGCGUGGUACAUUAUGUGGCCUGUAUUUUGCGCUGUGUCUCAGGCACUGCGGAGGUGCUGCGGACUCUUGAUCUCGAGCGUAAGAUAG